AUUUGUGCAUUUUUCUACAGCUAAUUUACUUGGUGAAUUUUUGAGAAUUAGUGAAGAUUUUUUAUAUUUGAUUUGUUAAAAAGGAAAAGUGUUUGUGGUGGUUAAUAGAACAAAUAAAUUUAGAUUAUUUAUUUGACCCAAAACGGAAUAAUUUAAAGGAAUAAAAUAGAGAUUCUUGAAUCCCGACAGAAGUAAAUACAAACCUGAAACCUCGCAAGAAAGUUAGUCUGUAAUCUGAAAAAAACUGCAUAGUGAAAUGGAGCAAACACAAAUUAGUGAUGCCGAGAAAGUGCGAAUUGUUUCCGACUUUAUUAUGCACGCACCACCUGGUGAAUUCAAUGAAGUCUUCACCGACGUUCGUCAAUUGCUCAACAAUGAUGCGUUGUUAAAAGAAGGGGCUAGUCACGCCUUCGCACUUUACAACAAAGAACAAUUAACUCCGGUGCACAUUGAGGCUAGCGAAUAUAAUGCAAUUAUAUCGGAACAUAAUGAUUUAGGUAAUGGUCGUUUUUAUGACCCGCGAACCAAACAAUCUUUUAAGUUUGAUCAUCUACGUAAAGAAGCUAGUGAUUACCAGGAUAUGGAACCAGAUGCUACAGCUGAACCGUGGCGUGCAGCACUUGAUUUAGAAACGAUUAACUACACCAAUAGUCAUUAUCGUAAUGGUGUAUCGUCGGUAUUUGGGAAGACACAAGGGGGGCAAAUAACUUUAACAGUUUGUAUUGAAGAUCAUCAAUUUCAACCAAAAAAUUACUGGAAUGGUCGAUGGCGAUCACAAUGGAGUGUUACUUUGCAACCCGGCAACGGAAAUGCAGAACUUAAAGGAGUGCUUAAAUUGCAGGUUCAUUAUUAUGAAGACGGCAAUGUGCAACUUGUUUCAACCAAGGAGUUUCGGGAAUCAGUGGUUGUGUCUAAUGAGCAACAAGUUGCAAAGGAAGUUAUACGUUUGAUUGAGGAAGCUGAAAAUGAAUAUCAAUUAGCAAUUUCUGAAAACUACCAAACAAUGUCUGAUACUACCUUCAAAGCGAUGCGUCGUCUUCUACCAAUCACUAGAACAAAAAUUGAUUGGGGAAAAAUUGUAACGUAUAGUAUUGGUAAAGAAUUAAAAACGCAAUAAAAAUCGGUAGAUACUAAGGAAUUCUUGUGAAGACAAUUUUGGUAGGAAUAUUAACAAAAAAUAUUUUAUUUCGGAUCGUCCUACUAGUCUUCCCAUACUUUCAUAACUGAUUCAAAUUCAACAAAUUUGUCAAGUUUAGCUGGCCCAAAAAUUCAACUGAAUAAAUCUGAGUUUUAAAAUUACAGAAACUCCCAAUAUGAUUAAUCACAUUAAUUACAUCGAUUUGGAUUCGAGUUUAAGUGAAAAGUAAAUUCAAAAUGGAAUUUAACAAUUUUUUAUUAAAACAAACACUUGCUUUAUACAGUACACAAGAGUUCAUUAUAUUAAUACAUACAUAUAAUGGUGACUAUAAUUACAAAUUUAUCAUAAGGUAUCUAUUUCAGAGAAAUUUACCAACUAUUGUCGCCUUUGUCGUUUGAUGCGGUAUAUGAGUAAAAUAAUGUAUUAAAAGAUACUAAAUUAGAUAAAAAAAAAAAAAGUUUUAAUAAAGUUAGUCCACAACAUACAAAUUUAAUCAUCUACGCGGCAUUCAUAUAUAAAUAUACAAGCAUAAAUAUGUAAAAGUUGGUCGUUUUCAUAUUUCAAAUUUUGGUCAGUGAAAACAAAUCAAAGUAACUAUGCAAUGUAUGUGAAAAUUUUACCCAAUAAAAUAUUAUUGCCCUUUAUAACAAAAA